UAUAAAGUACAAUCUGCAAAUAUCUGUCUAAUCUUGCUCACUUUUUGAUUAAUGUAGGAAAUGAAUUGUUUCUGUCAUAUAUGCAUACUACAUGCUCUGGAUCUGAACUUCAAGGAGUGUAAAGCUCGUUGAGUUUCGUACCUGUUUAAACUGUGGUCGUGUCUCAAAUCUGAUUGUGCUACAUAACUAAACAGCAUUCUUGGGUACAGGCGCUGUCAGAAAUGCUGUCCAGGUUGAUGGUGGUUGCGGCACAACCUGUCCUGUGUGUGCUCCUCCCAGCUCUUUCACUCGAGUUUAGUCAUUUGCCGGUGGAGGACUCAGCUUCCACGUACCAUCAGUCCGGAACCUGUUACAGUCAUCGAUUAACAUUCAAAUGAAAUGUCCAAGGACGGGUGCCGCUCGUGCCCCGGUUUGGGGGUGCUUUGUGAGAGACUGUUUGGGUCGUCUAAGACCGAAGUUGAAAAACCAGCGAAUACCAGCAAACUUCAGACACAAAAUGCCCCGAAUCCGCCCUCUUCUGAGCCCGCCGGUGAAAUCUACACGGCGCUGUGGCACUUCCAGGCUCGCGCGGACGAGGAACUGUCCUUCCAGGAGGGAGAGCAGUUCCGAAUCUGCGAGCGUCAGGGUGACUGGUGGACUGCCGUUAAACUGGACAGAAACGGAAGGGUGACAGCCAAGGGCGUCGUUCCUCAAAACUACCUAGCGAGAAGGAAGACGGUGAAAGAGCAACCUUGGUAUUUUGGGACGCUGAACCGCUUUGAGACCCAGAAUUUGCUCUUGGCUCCAGGGAAUGGAGUUGGUGCUUUUUUGUUGCGACACAGUGAAAGAGAUCAUAUAGGGUGUGUAUUAUCAGUGUUAAUCAGUGACAGGGAAGUGAAACACAUUAAGGUCCAUCAGAAUCAGAAUGUAAGUUUCUAUUUGGAUCAGAGUCAGAUGUUUCAGAGCCUGGAGAAUCUGGUGGAGCACUACAAGAGGAACAUCAUGAGCUGUGGUAUCUGUCUCACACAGCCAUGUGCACGGCCAGAACCAAAACCACAGGAUCUUUCCCACCAAACAGUAGAUGACUGGGAGUUACCUAAGGAGGAGUUCACUCUGGAAGAGGAGCUUGGUAAAGGAUACUUUGCUGAUGUUUACCGUGGAAAAUGGAAAGGCAUGGUCAAUGUGGCCAUCAAGAUCCUCAAAAACAACGAGUCUCUCGAUCACAGGGAGUUCCUGAUGGAGACUCAAAUACUGAAAAAGCUGAGACACAGACAUCUUAUCACACUCUUUGCCGUCUGCACAAGCUCCACCCCCUUCUACAUCAUCACUGAGCUUAUGGAAAAAGGCAACCUGCUCAGUUUCCUCCGAGGUGAGGAGGGGCAGAACCUGGAACCGCAGGAACUGACAGAAAUGGCAAGUCAGGUGGCUGACGGGAUGGCAUACCUUGAGGAGCAGAACAGCAUCCACAGAGACCUGGCAGCCCGGAAUGUUCUAGUGGGACCCAACUACAUCUGUAAAGUGGCCGACUUUGGCCUAGCUCGCAUCGUCAAGGACCCAUUUUACUCAUCUGAAGAUAAAACAAUUCCAUAUAAGUGGUGUGCUCCUGAAGCCAUCAGCCAUGGAAGGUUCUCCAACAAAUCUGAUGUUUGGUCAUUUGGGGUCCUCCUAUAUGAAAUGUUCACCUAUGGUGGAGUCCCAUAUCCAGCUUUCUCAAAUCAAGAGGUGUACAAUAUGAUCACCUCGGGGUACAGAAUGCCUUCGCCCCCUAAGUGCCCAUCGCACAUCUAUGACAUAAUGCUGAUGUGUUGGAAAGACUCAGCUCACGAAAGGCCAGAUUUCAAUGAACUGAGAAGGCUCCUGGAGAACUCCAGUACUGGAUACAUGGAAUGGACCUCUGAGAGCUGCAAUGACACAUCAGAUCCAGCAGAAGGCAUCAGUUAACAGUGCCAUGCAAAGACAAAUGAGUGGGAAUGUCCCAAAAAUAGUUGUUCAUGCAUCUAAACACCUUUCCACUCAUUUUCACCCCUUUUUACAGUAUUCACACACUUUCACUUUUUUUUGUGUGCUUAUUUUCUAAUUUAAUUUGUGAAUUAUUCACAUUUAAUGUAAUCGAGCAUUCCUCAAAUCUACUUGGAUAAUACUAGUUGAUACUGAAGAUUAUUUUUUGACUACCUUUUUUUCCCACCCCGAUUUGGAGACGGAUAAGUUUCCGAAUUGAUCACAUGGACUUAAAAAUAAAACCAGUUUUAUGUUCAUUAUUAACAGGUUUUACCUUCGUACUACAUAAUAACUUCCCUUCACCAGAUCUGCACUGUGAAUUUUAAAUUAAUGGUAUGUAUAUAAUAUAAAUUCAUUUUUGCA